ACUGGCUCAGUUUCAGCUUUCUGUGGGUAAUUUAUGGAACGUGUAAGGAAACAGAGGGUGACUUGGAGGUAGGAGCGGUGGCAAUGUUCAUCCCUGGGCAGGUGCUAGAGCUGCCUGGCUCUGGCCGCACGGUUGCGGGGCAUUAGGACCCAGAGGCUGCCAAGUGGAGGAGGCUGAAUCCCCCUCCCGCUGUCAUCCUCGCUGCCUCUGCAGCUUUAUUCCUCAUCUCCUUCAAUGGUGACUGACUACCUCCCGCCCGGGCUGGCAGCCAGAGCUAGAAGGCCUCGCUAGGACCAGUUCCCCGGACCGGUUCCCCGGACCGGUUCCCAGCAGCUCCAUGGCAUCUCCCAGGACUAUCACCAUCGUCGCCCUCUCGGUGGCCCUGGGGCUCUUUUUCGUCUUUAUGGGGACCAUCAAACUGACCCCUCGGCUCAGCAGAGAUGCCUACAAUGAGAUGAAACGAGCAUACAAAAGCUACGUGCGGGCCCUCCCCAUGCUAAAGAAGAUGGGAGUCAGCUCCAUCCUUCUCCGCAAGAGCAUUGGUGCCCUAGAAGUGGUGUGUGGCAUUGUCAUGACACUGGUGCCUGGUCGCCCCAAAGACGUGGCCAACUUUCUCCUCCUCCUCCUCGUGCUGGCUGUGCUCUUUUUCCACCAGCUAGUGGGGGAUCCACUCAAGCGUUACGCCCAUGCACUAGUCUUUGGGAUCCUGCUUACCUGUCGUCUGCUGAUUGCCCGCCAGCCUGAGGAGCAGCUGCCAGAAAAGAGGAUCCUGUCAGUGAAUGGGGAUGAGCAGCCACUCAUCCAUGAAGCAGCUCCUGAGAAAGGCAAAAUGAAAGUAUCCUAGUGGAGUGCGUGUGAGAAAUACGGACCCUCGAGGCAGCUCUCUCCAAAAUCACCCAGAAAAUUUGUUUUUUAUUUACCUAUUCAUAUUUUUUGUCUGUAUAAAUAAAGUUGCACUUGGGGUCUGAGAGACA